AAACAAACCAACAUAACCUCACUUCUUUUCCAAUGUGUAAUGCUAAUCAAACGCAUUCUAUACCCAUUUCUGCACCCAACACGUCGCAACUCCUCCACCAUGGUUCGUUUCUUGGGUCAACAAGACGCAAUAAAAAUCGACGAAGAACUCUUCAAUGAUUACAAGUUUUCAGUGGAUCAGCUCAUGGAACUCGCCGGUUUAAGUUGCGCAACCGCGAUAGCUAAGUGUUACCCGGCUGACACAAUUGGAAAAAAGGCGAUUUUGAUUUGUUGUGGUCCGGGUAAUAAUGGGGGAGAUGGGUUGGUUUGUGCCCGACACUUACAACUAUUUGGUUACACAACCAAAAUAUUUUACCCAAAGCGAACUGAGAAGCCGCUUUAUACCAAUUUAGUGCACCAAGCCAACGCCUCGAACGCCGUUUUGUUGGAAAAACUGCCACAACAGAGUGACAUUGAUUCCAACUAUGGACUCAUAGUAGACGCUUUGUUUGGGUUUAGUUUUAAGCCACCGGUUCGUGACUCAUUUAAGCCCGUUAUUGAGUUAAUGAAGUGCUCAAAAGUACCCCUUGUUAGUAUUGAUAUUCCAAGUGGUUGGCAUGUGGAAGAUGGGAAACCGGACGACGGGAUUGAUCCAGAGAUGCUGAUUUCGUUAACAGCGCCCAAACAAUGCGCGCAGACUUUCACAGGCAAGUACCACUAUUUAGGGGGGCGAUUUGUGCCUCCGCAAUUGGAGGACAAGUACAAGUUGAACAUACCGCAAUACCCAGGAACUGAGUGCUGCGUUUCAUUAAAAUGAGGGUUUUUUUUUAACUUUAAUUGAUCAUGGAUGCACGAAAUAUUUUAGAUAAAAAUAUUAGGAUUAAUUGUCCAAUUGGGAUUAAUAAAAACGUUAUUAUGAA